GCAAAAAAAAGCACAGAAGAAGACUGGCCGGAACACAAACAUGACCACAUUGACAUGACCGUAAACAGGCGGCGACACAAGGAACAGUAGGCUGUACCUGCAUGGAAAUAAGCAUUUUAUUCAGGGAGCUGAUAGUCUGUCUGCUUGGUGACAUAAAGUGAAUCGUAAUGUAAUGCUGUGAGUCAUUGUGUUGUUGUUUUUUCCGUCGUGUUACUGAGAGUCUAUUUAAAGAGAUGUCACUCAUCAGCUGUAUGUGCAGCUUCACUCGGGUCUUAUGGAGAGGCUCUCCCAGUAUGUCUCCAAUGUUAAGGCCGCUCCCGGCUGGACUCACUUGUGUUUUGGCAGCCGGUAAAAAGGACUUGAUAGAUCUGCCUGUCCUCAAUGAGGACGAGCUUGAGGAGCAGUUUGUGAGAGGAUCCGGACCCGGAGGACAGGCCACCAACAAAACCAGCAACUGUGUGGUGCUCAAACACAUCCCCACUGGGAUUGUAGUGAAGUGCCAUCAAACCAGAUCUGUGGAUACAAAUCGAAAACGUGCUCGGGAAAUUAUGAGAGAGAAACUUGAUAUUUCAUAUAAAGGAGAACACAGUGAAGUUCUUGUGAGGAAGAAAGAGUCCGAGCUGAGGAAACAAGAGAAGAGGAGGAAGGCAAACGAGAACCUGGAGAGAAAAAGACUUUUUAAAGAAGCACUGGCUGCAGAAUCCAAACCUGGAAAUGACUCCGUUUAAAAUGUUCAUGUGGAAUAUAAAAUGAAGACAUGAAUACUUGAACGAUCCUGUAUUUUGUAUUUUAUGUCCACAAAUACUGAAUAACAUCAUCUUUAAAGGCAAUGUUAUCAGCAUAAAAUCAAAUUAGCCUUUUA